AUGGCGGUCCGCGAUGUUACAGUCCCCGCCGCGCCGCCGCCCGACUCCGGGAACGGCCGCACCAAACCAGCUUUCUUCAAACCUUUAUAUCUCCCGGAAUUGACAGUUUUCAACCACAAACAACCUGCAAACACAUCGUUCACUGUCGUCCUGAUCUUAUCCGGGCGCACGAGGUUCCGACCUCUCUCCUUCGAGGUUCCAAAGCCGUUGUUCCCGGUGGCUGGAGUUCCCAUGAUACAGCAUCACAUCGAGGCUUGCUCAAAGGUCCCAAACCUGAAGGAGAUCUUGCUGAUUGGGUUCUACCAGCCAAACGAUGAAGUCAACCGCUUCCUUGCCACCGCCCAGCAAGAAUUCAAAAUCAGCAUCAGGUACCUGCAAGAGUACGUUGCCUUGGGGACGGGCGGAGGGAUCUACCAUUUCCGGGACCAGAUCCUGUCGGGGAAGCCGGAGCUGUUCUUCGUCUUGAAUGCGGAUGUUUGCUGCGAGUUCCCGCUGACGGAGAUGAUCGACUUCCAGAAAGCCCAGGAGCAGCUCAACUCCUUCGUCAUGCUGGGCACCGCGGCCAACAGGAGGCAGUCGAUGAACUAUGGCUGCAUCGUGGAGAACCCGCAGAGUCACGAGGUUCUACACUAUGUGGAGAAGCCCAGCACCUUUGUCAGUGACGUCAUCAACUGUGGCGUCUACCUGUUCACCCCCGACAUCUUCCAGUACAUCGGUGAGGUGUUCCGGAAAAACCAGCAGGACCUUGCCCUGGAGGAGGGCAGUAACGGGUGGCACCGCGCGCCGGGCUGUGAUCCGGCUGGAACACAGGACAUCUUCACCGCCAUCGCCGGCCGUGGCUCCCUCUUCGUCUACACCACGCACGGCUUCUGGAGCCAGAUCAAGUCCGCGGGAUCUGCCAUCUAUGCCAACCGCCUGUACCUGAACCAGUACCAGUCCACCCACCCAGACCGGCUGGCCAACUGUGACCAGGGAGGUCCCAAGAUCAUCGGCAACGUAUAUAUCCAUCCGACAGCAACAAUUGACCCCACCACUGUGCUGGGUCCGAACGUCACCAUUAGCAAGGAUGUGACCAUCGGGGCUGGUGUUCGAGUCCGUGAAUCCAUCAUCUUGCACGGAGCUUCACUACAGGACCACAGCUGUGUACUGAACUGCAUAGUGGGCUGGGACAGCACAGUGGGCAAGUGGUCCAGAGUGGAGGGCACUCCCAGUGACCCCAACCCCAACGACCCCCACGCCAAGAUCGACAGCGAGACCCUCUUCAGUGACGGCAAACUCAACCCCUCCAUCACCAUCCUCGGCUGCAACGUCAGUAUCCCGGCCGAGGUGAUCAUCCUCAACUCCAUCGUGCUCCCACACAAGGAACUGAACCGCAGCUUCAAGAACCAGAUCAUCCUGUAGAGAGGGAGCGCGCGGGGGGGGGGGGGGGGGGGG